AUCCUGAGUCUCACAGUUCAAGCUAAUCAUUGACAGAGCUUUACAAUCACAGGCUUUUGCUAACGCGUUGAUAAGACAGUCCAACAGUUAGUGGCAAAUGAAGCCAGGCUGUGCAGCAGGGUCUCCAGGGAAUGAAUGGAUUUUCUUCAGAGCCGAUGAAAGACACAUACGCUAUAGGAAAACAAUGUCCAACGGUGCGCUGCAAAGAUCUGUCAUCCUGUCAGCAUUUAUUCUGCUACAAGCUGUUACUGGCCUCUCUGGAGACGGAAGAGCUAUAUGGUCUAAAAAUCCUAAUUUUAGUCCUGUAAAUGCAAGUCAGCUAUUUCUCUAUGACACUUUCCCUAAAAACUUUUUUUGGGGUGUUGGGACUGGAGCAUUUCAAGUGGAAGGGAGUUGGAAGAAGGAUGGAAAAGGACCCUCUGUAUGGGAUCAUUUCAUCCAUACACACCUUAAAAAUGUCAACAGCACGAAUGGCUCCAGUGACAGUUACAUUUUUCUGGAAAAAGACUUAUCGGCUCUGGAUUUUAUAGGAGUUUCUUUUUAUCAGUUUUCAAUUUCCUGGCCGAGGCUUUUCCCCGAUGGAAUAGCAGCAGUUGCCAACGCAAAAGGUCUGCAAUAUUAUAAUACUCUUCUGGACGCUCUAGUACUUAGAAACAUUAAACCUGUAGUGACUUUGUACCAUUGGGAUUUGCCUUUGGCGUUGCAAGAAAAAUAUGGGGGAUGGAAGAAUGAAUCUAUGGUUGAUAUCUUCAAUGACUAUGCCACAUACUGUUUCCAGAAGUUUGGGGAUCGUGUCAAAUACUGGAUUACAAUUCACAACCCAUAUCUAGUUGCUUGGCAUGGAUAUAACACAGGUCUGCAUGCUCCUGGAGAGAAGGGAAAUUUAGCAGCUGUCUACACAGUGGGACACAACCUGAUCAAGGCUCAUUCAAAAGUUUGGCAUAACUACAACAGAAAUUUCCGCCCACAUCAGAAAGGCUAUGUAUCGAUCACAUUGGGAUCCCAUUGGAUUGAGCCAAACAGGUCAGAAAACACGAUGGAUGUGAACAUGUGCCAAGACUCCAUGGUUUCUGUGCUCGGAUGGUUUGCCACCCCUAUUCAUGGGAAUGGCGACUAUCCAGAUACCAUGAAGAAGUCGCUCUCCAUUCUACCCCUUUUCUCAGAAGCAGAGAAGGAGGAGGUAAGGGGCACGGCUGACUUCUUUGCCUUUUCCUUUGGACCCAACAAUUUCAAGCCCCCAAACACCAUAGAUAAAAUGGGGCAAAAUUUGUCACUCAAUUUAAGAAAAGUGCUGAACUGGAUUAAACUGGAAUAUGGUAACCCCCGAAUCUUGAUUACCGAGAAUGGGUGGUUCACAGACAGUUAUGUGAAGACAGAAGAUACCACAGCCAUCUACAUGAUGAAGAAAUUCCUCAACCAGGUUCUUCAAGCAAUAAGGAUUGAUGAUAUUCAAGUGUUUGGUUAUACUGCCUGGUCUCUCUUGGAUGGUUUUGAGUGGCAUGAUGCUUACAACACCCGGCGAGGAUUAUUUUAUGUGGAUUUUAAUAGUAAACAGAAAGAAAGAAAACCCAAGUCCUCAGCACAUUACUAUAAACAGAUCAUACAAGAAAAUGGUUUUAUUUUGAAAGAGUCCACGCCAGAUAUGCAGGGUCAGUUUCCCUGUGACUUCUCCUGGGGUAUCACUGAAUCUGUUCUUAAGCCCGAGUCGAUGGCUUCCUCCCCACAGUUUACUGACCCUCACCUGUACUUGUGGAAUGCCACUGGCAACAGACUGUUGCACCGAGUGGAAGGAGUAAGGCUGAAAACGCGGCCCGCUCAAUGCACAGAUUUUGUCAGCAUCAAAAAACAACUUGAGAUGUUGACCAGAAUGAAAGUCACCCACUACCGGUUUGCUCUGGACUGGGCCUCAGUCCUUCCCACUGGCAACCUGUCUGAGGUCAACCAACAAGUUCUGAGGUACUACAGGUGUGUGAUCAGCGAGGGGCUGAAGCUCAACAUCUCCCCAAUGGUCACGUUGUAUCACCCCACCCACGCCCAUCUAGGCCUCCCCACGCCCCUAUUACACAGCGGGGGCUGGCUGAACCCGUCGACAGCCACGGCCUUCCAGGACUACGCAGGGCUGUGCUUCCAGGAGCUGGGAGACUUGGUGAAGCUCUGGAUCACCAUCAAUGAGCCUAACCGGCUGAGUGACAUCUACAACCGCACUAGUAACGACACCUACAGGGCAGCCCACAAUCUGCUGAUCGCACAUGCCCUGGUCUGGCACCUCUAUGACCAGCAGUACAGGCAGUCCCAGCGUGGCGCGGUGUCGCUGUCCUUGCAUUCCGACUGGGCGGAACCAGCCAACCCCUAUGUCGACUCUCACUGGAAGGCGGCGGAGCGCUUCCUCCAGUUCGAGAUUGCCUGGUUCGCAGAUCCUCUGUUCAAGACCGGGGACUACCCCACCUCGAUGAGGGAGUACAUAGCCUCCAAGAAUCGGCAAGGGCUCUCCAGCUCUGCGCUUCCUCACUUCACGGAGGACGAGCGCAGGCUGGUCAAGGGCGCCGCCGACUUCUAUGCCUUAAACCACUUCACCACUAGAUACGUGAUGCACGAGCAGCAGAACGGCAGCCGCUACGACUCGGACAGGGACGUGCAGUUCCUGCAAGACAUCACCUGCCUGAGCUCCCCGACUCGCCUGGCGGUGCUGCCCUGGGGAGAGCGCAAGCUGCUCAGGUGGAUCCGGAAGAACUACGGAGACGUAGAUAUCUACAUCACUGCCAAUGGCAUCGACGACCAGUCUUUGGAAAAUGAUCAACUCCGAAAGUACUACUUGGAGAAGUACGUUCAGGAGGCUCUGAAAGCAUACCUUAUUGAUAAAGUCAAAAUCAAAGGCUAUUACGCAUUCAAACUUACUGAAGAAAAAUCUAAACCUAGAUUCGGAUUCUUCACAUCUGAUUUCAGAGCUAAAUCCUCCAUACAAUUUUACAAUCACCUGAUCAGCAGCAGUGGCUUCCCUUUGGAGAACAGUAGUCCUAGAUGUAAUCAGACUCAAGAAAAAGCAGAGUGCAUUGCCUGCUCAUUUCUCCUGCAGAAGAAACCACUGAUAUUCUUUGGUUGUUGCUUCUUCUCCACCCUGGUUCUACUAUUAUCAAUCACUAUUUUACAUCAGCGAAAGAGAAAUCAAUUUUGGAAAGCAAAGAGCUUACAAAACAUACCAUUAAAGCAAGGCCACAAGAGAGUCCUUAGCUAAAGUGAUCUGUAUUCACAUUAAAAAAUUCACUCCAGUUCUAUAUACUGG